CACCAACGGGUUCUCCAUCGGCCAAUACCCGGUCUUUGUAUUCAGCGUCUACGGUGUCAUUAUGUGGACAGCGUGGUUUGGCUUGAGAUGGCUGCUCCGGAUCGUGCCCGAGAUCAUCAUCUAUGUUGCCGAUGUGCUGCUGGAUGCAUCGGAGCUGAACGUCUACGCCAAUAAAGUCGAGGAGAUCAUCAACUACGUGACUCAUCUGCGGCCCUAUCUGAUGUGGCUGAUGUGGAGCAUCAUAGGCUCGAUCACCUGGGGAACGAUCUUUACGGAGCACAUCGACCCAAACAACGACUGGCAAAAGAUCAUACAGCUGAUCUGGGCCUCGAUCCUGGCUGCCUCGAUCGUAUGGUGCAUCGAAAAGUUCCUGCUGCAAGUUUUUGCAAUUUCGUUCCACAAGCGAGCUUACCGAGACCGAAUCCGGACCAACAAAGAUGCCUUCCUUGUCCUUGCACACCUCAACAAGUCGCGCAAGGUCCGAAGAGAUGUCACCAUCCCAGCCAGCGUCGAAAAGUCUCACGAGAGCAUCGACAUCCAUGCUUCCCCUCAGACAUCCAAGGCCAACCUCUUCAAAAACGUGAUGACGGGUCUCUCGCACGCCAUUGGUGCUAUGGUCGGACUGCAGCUCGGCAUGCCGGCGGGCAUCGUUCUGCGCAACGUCCACGAUGCCAAGGUCCUUGCCAAGACGCUGUUCCUCUCGCUCCGCCACGACGGCGCCUCGCUUCUGGUGCCUUCGGACUUUGAGCCGUACUUUGACUCUCCGGAGGAGGCCCAGGCGGCCUUUCGGUUCUUCGACAAGGAUGGUAACGGCGACAUAAGCAAGUCCGAGAUGAAGGAGAUUAUUGUGCAUGUGUUCAAGGAGCGGGCUUCGAUCCAAAAGUCGCUCAGGGACUCGUCGCAGGCCAUUUCGACCCUGGACAACAUCAUGAAGCUCUUUGUCUGGAUCAUCACCGUCUUUCUGUGGCUGGGCAUCUGGAGCAUCGAUACCUCGCAGUUCCUGACCGUGGCCAUCUCGGUGUGGGCCGGCGUCCUGUUUGCGAUCGGCGCAACGAUUAAGCGCCUGGUCGAGAACAUCAUCUUUCUGUUUGUCUCGCAUCCAUACGACAUUGGCGAUCGCAUCGAGCUUGACGGAGACGCCUAUUUCGUCAAAGAGUUUGGCCUCAACACCACCGUGCUCCGCAAGGUCGAUGGCAAGGAAACAUACGUCCCAAAUUCCACCCUUAUCGACAAGUACAUCUUCAACAUCCGGCGGUCUGGCCAUCAGCUCGAAGAGAUCAAGCUCGCCGUGGUUGCAACGACCCCGAAGGAGAAGCUGCUCGCGCUGCAAGAGCGCAUCCUGCAGUUCCUGGGCCAAGAAAGCCGCGAUUUUCGCGAAGCCUGUGAAAUCACCAUCUCCGAGCUUGUGGAUCGCAAGUCGCUGUGGGUGACGAUGGUGCUGGAGCACAAGAGUAACUGGCAGGACGGCGGAAAGAAGGCUGCUCGCCGGACGAGGUUCAUGUGGGCCCUCAAGGAGGCAGUCGAGGAUCUGGGUAUUGAAGUGACCCAUGGAGACACGACUGUGACGAUCAAGCUGGCCGAGCCGUCUGCCGACCAGCCAGCCUGGAUGCAUGUCUGAGCGAGCGAGCGGGGCUGAUGCAAGGACAGAGAGCACAAGCAUCCCUGGCUGUCGCCUUGGUUGAUGCAGGAUCGUUGGCUCGAAUGCGGCUCUGGAACACGCUGCUCGGAUUUGCAACCGUCCGUCGCCGUCGCUCUUCACAUCCAUCGCAUCCAUCGCUCUCUCGCAUCCAUCGCAUCCAUCGCCCCCUCGCAUCCAGCAUAGUCAAAGAUAAUUGCUCCGUCACACCCACUAAAGCCCAUCCAGCCUCAUCUGCCGCUGCCGCACUGGCCGCUAUCCCGGGACAGCCCUCUUCUUUUCAUCACAAUGUCGGAUAUUGGCCACCGAGAUUUGGCCUCGGCAUCAACCGAAUCACCUCGGAACGGGCGCUCCUUACAGACGCAGAGUGCCGCACGAACAGCCACG